AUGUCGUCCAAGCAUUUCGCCAACGAGCCUCUGGCUCUCGUCAAUGCCGCCCUCCGCUCGGCCACCUACACCAACCCCUCCAUUGGCUUUGAUGCCGCGCAAAAGACCGUCUUUCUUCGCGAUGCUGCUUCACAGCCUACCAUUGCCCUGAUCUCGGGCGGUGGUUCUGGCCACGAGCCCUCAUUUGCGGGUUUUGUUGGCAAAGGCUUUCUAACCGCUGCUGUUGCCGGUUCUGUCUUCGCCUCUCCUUCUGCCGAGCAAGUCUUUCGCGCAAUUCGCCGUGUAGGCGCGGAACAGCCACAGCGAGGCGUGCUAGUCUUAAUUAUGAAUUACACGGGAGACAUGCUGCACUUUGGCAUGGCUGUAGAAAAGGCUCGCGCUGAGGGCAUCAAGACGGAGCUUUUGGUUGUGGGAGAUGAUGUUGGUGUUGGUCGGAAACGUGGAGGACGAAUUGGCAGGAGAGGUCUGGCUGGAACAGUCCUCGUGCAAAAGAUUGCGGCUGCUGCUGCUGCUCAGGGACAAUCUCUUGAGCAGGUGUCCCAGAUCGCUAGCCUUGCUUCUGAGAACCUUGCCACUGUUGGCGCUUCUCUGGCUCAUGUGCACGUUCCUGGCCGUGAAAUCACCCCCGAUGAGCUUGGCGAUGAAAUUGAAAUCGGCAUGGGUAUUCACAACGAGGAGGGUUUCGGUCGUGUUAAGACGACCUUGAAGGGUCUCGUUGAGACCAUGCUUAAGCAGCUGCUCGACCAGUCCGACAGUGACCGCGCCUACAUCAAUGUCAACCCCCUCGAGCUUGGUGCCAUCACAACGGAGGUUAUCGACCAGCUCGAUGCCUCUUACAAAGUCAAGCCGUCAAGGCUGCUUAGCGGCACAUACAUGACCAGCUUGAACGGCUUGGGCUUUAGCAUUACGAUUCUCAAGGUGGCGGAUAAGGCUAUUUUGCCUUUGAUUGAUGCUCCCGCCGAUGCUGCUGGCUGGUCCCCAGCCGUCCGCCCUGAGAACUGGGUUAACGGCAUUGACACCACCAAGGCGGAGAUCAAGGAGGAUGCCCCAUCCCAGGAUGAUUCAGCCCCCAGUAACCUUGACUUGGACGCUACAUUCACCAUUUCCCGGCUACAGUCAGCUCUCAAGAGUCUCAUUGUCGCAGAGCCCGAGGUAACCAAGUUUGAUACCAUUGUUGGCGACGGUGACUGCGGCCUCUGCCUCAAGACGGGCGCCGAGGCUGUCCUGAAGCAUCUCGAAACCGUCUCCUCAUCAGGGGACAUUGACACAGUGCACUUUGUCCGAAACAUUGCCCAAGUCAUCGAGUCAAGUAUGGAUGGCACCUCAGGCGCCCUGUACGCCAUCUUCGUCAACGCUCUUGCUUCGGGCCUUCAGGGCCAGGCUAGCAGCCAAAAGACCGCUGUCACCCCCAAGAUUUGGGCUACCGCUCUUCAGGCGGCCCUCAAGAGCUUGGCCAGGUAUACUCCUGCUCAGCCCGGCGACCGCACCGUGGUGGAUGCGCUUGUGCCCUUCGUCAACACGCUGGCCGAGACGCUUGACGUUCAGAAGGCCGUCGAGGCCGCAAGGAAAGGCUCAGAUUCUACAAAGGGCAUGGAGGCCAGCCUGGGGCGAUCAGUCUAUGUCAAUGCCGAGGGAUGGAAUGAGUGUCCCGACCCUGGCGCGUAUGGCCUGGUUAAGCUGUUGGAAGGCUUCUUGGGUCACCUGAAUUAG